UUCAAAAGCGAUAGCCAAGGAUUCGAUUAGCGACCGCAUUACAGCGCGCAUGCGGGGGGAUGUGUUGAUGCUGCUGAGAGCGUCGUCGCUCUGCUGAUCAGCGCAUGAUGUGUUCGAGCAAGGCCAUUUCGGCGCUUUCUAACAACUUAAGCUUAAUUUAGCCGUCGUGGCCAAUCAGCUGCAUUUCUUUCAUUGCUAGUGUCAACUCUUGUUUAGAUAGCCCUCAGAUGGAUUUGUUCAGCGAUCUGCCAGAGCCAGAAAGCGUGUCCAAGGCCGUUCGGCAGGAGCCCGUGGCCAAGGAGAUCCGCCGCAAACUGAUCACCAAGGCCCAGAACGAUGCACUUUUUGACGAUCUGCCAUCACCGUCUUCGACCGAGGAGAAGGUUCCUCCACAGCCGAUCAAAAGGCCUCGAGAUGAAGAGCAGGAGGACGCGCAAAACAAGAGGCCCGCGCAAAGUGUCAUUACGCUCCGUGGCUUCGUGGCGGAGCGCAAGGGAGAGCGGGAGGACAUGCAAGAUGCGCACGUCAUCCAAGAUGCUUACCACGCAGACAUUCCUCAAUUGCACGGUUCCAUAUGUCGGCUUGCAUACUAUGCUGUCUUUGAUGGGCACAAUGGUUCCCGAGCGUCACGGCAUGCAGCUCAGCAGCUGCAUCGACAACUCGCCACCCGAUUCCCGAAGGGUGACAUGAGCCAUGUUGAAAAGGAAAUCAAGCGAACCAUCAUGGAAAGCUUCAAGAAGACGGACGAGGAUUUCCUGAAGAGGGCAGCGAGUUCCAAGCCCUCUUGGAAAGACGGCACCACAGCUGUCCUUGUGGUUGCCAUUAACAACACACUGUACAUUGCCAACCUCGGUGACAGCAAAGCCAUCCUGUGCAGAUACCACGAGGAGUCGCAGAAGCACAUUGCGAUCCCAUUGAGCAAAGAUCACAGUCCAACAGACUAUGGUGAAAGGAUGCGCAUCCAAAAAGCAGGAGGAUAUGUGAAGGACGGACGAGUGCUAGGUGUGCUGGAGGUGUCUCGCUCAAUCGGUGACGGCCAGUACAAGCGAUGCGGUGUCAGCUGCCUCCCAGACGUCAUGCGUUGCCAGCUGACGCCUGCUGACCGUUUUCUUGUGCUUGCUUGCGAUGGUCUCUGGAAGGUCUUCACCUCAGACCAGGUUCUUGCAAGUGUGCUCGCCACUUUGCAGGAUGAAACUAUAGCGGCAGAAGGGGACAAGAAGCGGACACUGGAGCUGCGAUACGAAGCCGCCUGCAGCAAACUCGCCAAUGAAGCUGUGCGAAAGCUGAGCGGAGACAAUGUCACGGUUGUCAUUGUUCACAUAGACCAAGGCAGGCAGUGAACGCUUGUUCAGCUUUGGGGGGAUCAUUCGCUGGUUGGUUCCCCAGAGGCCCUUAUGCAGCAAUAUUGCUUUUCCUUCAACCUUCUAUUUUUCUUUUUUUUUUCUUCAUAUUUGCCUCUUUUUUGAGACAGUCCACACAUCUCUUGCUCAUGCCUUGCUCAUCUUCAUGCUAUUUUUUUAAAUGCUGGUGGAUGCCUAAUUUCUUUUAUGCUGUGGAUAUUCGUUGUCUUAUUCUUUUGCAAAACACACAGGCAAGUGUGACUGACUAGUUUGUUAAGAAAUAUGUUAUGCGAACAACUCUUAUGGUGUUAAUUAUAGAGUAAAUAUUAGCGCACAACUUUACUGUGGUUCCAUUCAAUGCGUUGGAAAACACAUUGAACUCAUCAGCAAAUAUGGUUGUAAUGUAAAAAAUACAACCCUGUACAGAGGAAUGUGUUAACGACAAUGCUGUUGCCACAUUAGCUCCAUUUCAUUCUCAGUCGAAGCCGCCUGCAGACAUUUUUGUUUGUCAGACAAAUCCCAUAUUGGUGCACAGAUUUCUUACAGGUUCCUUGCCGAUUUAGUUAUGAUUCAAAAUUUGAUGAGGAAAUUAUUAGCACGUGCAGGCUCCUGACGGGACUUUAGAGUAGGAAGAAAAAAACAUGCAAUUUGUUUUCUAUGAGAAAUUUUGGAAACCUUUUUGAUAGGUUUACAUUUCAUUUCACUUUGUCAUAAUUUGAUAGCUUCUACCUAAUUUGUGUGUAUGUGCGCGUGUGCCACAAGAGGAAACACAAGAGGUGACAUUUGCUUUUUAACUUUUGUUGUAGUUAAUGCCAAGGAAAGCAGUGAAAGUAUGUCCUCUACAUUUCAGGUAUGAAAAAGUAGUGAUCACUGCACGCUUAUGUUUUUGUUUCUGUAUUCAUUGGAUCUUGUGAAACAUUCAUCAUGGAGCAUCAUUUGAAAUGCUGCCUCCUCUUGUAGGAGUACUUUCUCAAAUACUUAUGUACUGUCUGUGUGGGAAUUUUCUUACGGAGGGUGUAUUCCAACGCAGCCAUUUCUUUUUCGUCUCUUAUUCAUGUUGAAGUCUACACAUCCCCUUUGUUCGCUGCCUGUUCCUUAAAGGUUGGUCUUAAGGCAGCUGUGUGCAUUGAAAGAUUCUGGUCAGUGGCUUGUUCCUGUAAUGCCAUAUUUGCCUGUUGGAAGUACUGAGCUGAGCUCAUUGUUCACACUGUGGAGAGCGCACACCCUAUCUUCCAUUCUCAUUUUCUGUGAUGGGAGUGAUAUGUGACGUAAGCAAUGCUAAAGUGAUUUUCAUUGUCAAAACUAUUGCCUAUAUUCUUUGCAAAAUGUUAUGUAAUAAAGGAACACACAUUGCCACAGAA